CUUGGCUAUGGAUCAUCUCCUAUGAUUAAUGACCCAUCCCAACAAGCCUUCUUUCAAUGGAUGCUCCCUAAUAGAAACCAACAAUAUAAGGGGAUGCUUCAACUGCUUUUGCUUUUCAGAUGGACCUGGAUUGGUGUCAUUUUUAUACAGGAUGACAAUGGCCUCAGGUUUAUACAGAAAGAACUUCCCACGUUUUCUCAAAGUGGUAUCUGCUUUGAUUUUAUAGAACCAUUCCCAACUGUGUAUUUCAAAAGUGGCAUUCAUGAAAUGAUGGAAUCAUGGGUCAAACUGUAUGUCUACAUAAGUGAUAGCUUUGCCAGUGUUGUGGUUUUACAUGGUGAAAUUCACACUACAAUAUUUCUGAGAAUGUUUCCCAGAAUUUUGGAAGUUGAAGACAAAGAAAUGAAGACAGGGAAAGUAUGGAUCAUGAUGGCACAGAUAGAAUUCACUUCUGUUCCUUUUCAACAAUCCUGGGAUAUAGAUAUCCUUCAUGGUUCCUUAGCCUUUGCAAUCCAGUCAAAGGAGGUGGUAGGUUUUCAACAUUUUCUUCAGAUGAGAAAUCCUAAUGUGGAAACCAGAGAUGGGUUUAUUAAGGACUUUUGGAGACAGGCAUUUGAUUGUUCCUUCCCAAUUUCCUUGGAAGAGGAAAAUGUUUGGAAUCUCUGCAGUGGGGAGGAGAAGCUGGGGACCCUUCCUAGGUCUGUCUUUGACAUGAGCAUAACUCCUCAUAGCUAUAGCAUCUACAAUGCAAUUUAUGCUGUGGCCCAUGCAUUAAAAUCCAUGAGCUCAUCAAUGCUCAAACACAGAACUAUAUCAGAGGAAGGACAGAAGAAUGUUCUGAAUUCAUUACUUUGGCAGUUGCACCCUUAUCUCAGAAAAGUCUCAUUUAACAAUAGUGUUGGGAAGAUGAUUUCUUUUGAUCAAAAUGGGAACCUGGAAGCAGGAUUUGAUAUUAUCAAUUGGAUCACAUUCCCAAACUUAACAUUGCUUCGAGUCAAAAUGGGAACAUUUGACCACAGAGCUCCCAAAGACAAUGCAUUCAGCCUUUUUGUUGAUGCCAUCAAAUGGCCAAAGAGAUUUAACCAG